AGUAGAAGAAGAAGAAGAAGAAGAAGAAGAAGAAGAAGAAGAAGAAGAUUUAUAAUUGUAAUUAGUUAGAGGAGUCAAACACCGCGACCUGAAUGCAAAGUUUAAUGUCAAAAAACGACUUUAUUAUUUUUCUUUUAUCAAACAGGUUUCACCGAAGACUUUUUUUUUUUCUUCAGUUGAGAGUGCUAAGUGAAGCUAAGCUCCCUUUUUAAGGAGUACGAGUGCUGAACAAGCUGCUGAUACUUCUGUAAAAAUGUCCGGAAUCCAAAAUCUGAGAGUUUUAGUGAACCAGAGACUGAGUGCAGCUGCUGAAGAGAUCUUUGAGCUGUUUGAAAGAACGAUAUUAGAGUACGAGGAGAAAGUCUGUGGAUCUAAAGAGAACCAACACAAUCAGAUGAUGAUCACUGUUUACAACCCUGAAGUCCGCUCACACGGAGCAGGUUUGUACCGAUUUAGAGAUAUUCUCACUUUUCACCGGGAAAUUGUAACCUACAACCUCCUGCCUUUUGUGAAAAAUGUACAUGAACUAUCCUGCUUUUUGUGAUCUAAUAAAUCGUCCGUUUGCAUCAAUUACUAAGGUCCUUACACACCAGGUGCGAAUUCGCCAGGCGAAUUAUUCGCCUUUUUUUAAUAACAGCAUAAAGUCAAUGCAAGCUUCCACACCGGCGGCGAUUUUUCCGCGGGGCGAAAAGCGUCUUUUAUGUUUUCGCACUUGUGUCGAAUUCUUCGGAGAUUCGCAGGCGAAUAUCUGGGCCUGCUAGACCUCUGGCCACCGUCCAGUUUUUCUGACCUCUGGCCAGAGGUCUAGCAGGUCCAGAUAUUCGCCUGGCGAAUAAAAAGGGAAAUUCAGGGGUCAUGCCACUCACAGACUCAUACACAGUACACUAACAAAGACAACAACAACAAGUGCACAUCUGAGGACCAGCCAAGUACAGUCAAAUCUGUUAAAAAAACAGUAUCAAACCAGUAUAAAAACUGCAAUAAAUGUAGUCGUGCUAGCAGUGCAGCAUGUAUAUAUGGUGCUGAGGUGCACAGGUCCUCGACUCUGGUUCUGUUAAACAGUCUGAUGGCUGUUGAAAGAAAGGACCUCCAGUGGCGCUCUGUCCUAAAGUGUAGCACUAGGAGUCGGUAAGGAGUGUUAUGUACUACCGAGCGCCUGCGCAGACCGAACAAGCCUCUCUGUAAACCCGAUCCGCUCCACUCAGCCGUAUAUAUGGAGCAUGGAGCGGAUUAUCAAACGGUGUAGACUACCUCUUACAAUCCGACCCGAAAUACAAUCAGAUCCAGGUGAAUCAGAUUGGCUAAGGUGUUUAUAUGAGACAUUUUGAAUCUGAUUGACCUUUCAAUCUGAUUGUAAAUAGGAUUUUUGGACCCAUGUAAACGGGGCCAGUGACCGCUGGACUGCUUAGUGAGGACUUUACUACUACCGGUGGUGAUGUACUACCUCCAUCCGCACCACGUGACUCUCAUCCCUGUAUAUAACAUAUAACCACACAAUACACAAAUAUUAUCAAAGAUCAUGGCUACCAUAAAGAACUGGCAUCUACAAACAUCAACAACCAGCAUCUACAAACGUCAACAACCACAAAUGACACUUUCAUAUUUAUCCACAGACACCCAGCAGAUGUCAGAGGUUCCCCCUGAGCACCAGGAGAAGAGGCCAGGUCCAGACCAGGAGGACUCUCUAGAGACGACGUACAUUAAAGAGGAACCAGAGGAGCUGUGGAGCAUCCAGGAGAGAGAGCACCUUAAGGGAGUGGGGGAGGCUGAAAUCAUCAAGUUCACAUUCACCCCUGUUCCCGUGAAGAGUGAGAGAGAUGAUGACGCUCAGACCACAGAGUCUCAUCAAACACAAACUGACAUGAACAGAGACAGAGGACUUUUGAAACCAGAGGACUGUGGAGGAUCAGAACCAGACAGAAACUUUCAUCUAGACCGACAUUUGCAACCAGUUUCUGAUGAAGAAAUAUCCCGGUCUGGAUCUGAGACUGAUGAGAGUAGUUGUGAUUGGGAGGAAACCAGUGAACCUCAGUCAAGUUUAAACUCUCAACAAAACAAAGAAAUACCCGUAGGUGAAAUUGAGUGCAGUAUUGAAGACACAUCAGAGAGCUCCUUUACAUUUGCUGCGAGCUUUGGCCAAAAAGAACAAGUGCAGAAACAAGAGGAGACACAGACGGGGAAAAAACCAUUUGUCUGCUCAAUUUGUAGUAAAAAUUAUCCUGAUAAGAGAUGUUUACGGAAACACAUGAAACGACAUUCAGAGGAAAAAUGUUUCACCUGCUCGUUUUGUUCGAAACGGUUUCCGUUCAGAGGAGAGCUGGCGGCUCACAUGAGAAGACACACAGGAGAGAAACCCUUCAGCUGCCAAGAAUGUGGAAUGGGGUUCACCCGAAAACCAAGUUUGACCACCCACUUAAGAAUCCACACAGGAGUGAAACCGUUCCCUUGCUCAUUUUGUAACGCAAGUUUCGGUCAAAAGGGAGAUUUGGUGAGGCACACCAGACUGCACACCGGGGAGAAACCGUAUAGUUGUUCAUUAUGUAAUAAAAAAUUUGUAGAUAGAGGAAAUCUGACAAAACACCUGAGGGUCCAUACAGGGGAGAAACCAUUCAGCUGCAAUUUGUGUGAGAGAAGUUUCACUCGGCUUGUGGGUGUGAAAAACCACAAGUGUGUGGGUGAGAGCAGCAAAGAGAAAUGAGACCGAGGGAGAGCAACAAGCAGGUCCAAGCGGAGCCUUUAGGUCCUGGAAGUUGUGAGGCGGGGACUUCAAGGGAACAAUGUCGAUCUGCUGCCUCACAUGUAACACCCUCUGACUGGUGCCACUGGUCCAAAAUAAUCAGUCUGUGUCACUUCACAGGGCGAAGAGGUUACAUGCAGGUGAAACUCAAAAAAUUUGAAUACUGUGAAAAGGCUCAAAGUGUCACAUGCAAAACACAUGUGAAGGGUUCCUGAGCCUUUAAAUGGUCUCUCAGUCUGGUUCAGUAGAAUUCACAAUCAUGGGGAAGACUGCUGAGCUGACAGCUGUGCGGAAAACCAUCAUUGACACCCUCCUCUGUUUCAAAGCACAUGAACGGAAAGUAAGCUUGAAGGGAAAAAUGUGGAAGAAAAAGGUGAAGAAGCCGCAGAGAUGACCCGAGUCUGGAGAGGAUUGUCAGGAAAAGGCUGUUUAAAAGUUUUGAGGGAACUUCACAAGGAGUGGACAGAGGCUGGAGUUCAUACAUCAAGAGCCACCACACACAGACGGAUCCUGGAAAUGGGCUUCAAAUGUCACAUUUCUCUUAUCAAGCCGCUCCUAAACAACAUCAGAAGUUAUUACCUGAGCUAAAGAACUGGUUUGUUGCUCAGUGAUCCAAAGUCCUCUUUUCCGAUGAGAGCAAACUUUGCAUCAUUUGGAAACCAAGAGUGUGGAGGAAGAACAGAGAAACAAACAAUCCAAGAAGCUUAAAGUCCAGUGUGAAGUUUCUUCAGUCUGAAGAGUCAUGUCAUCUGCUGGUCUUGGUCCAGACUAAGUCCUAAGCACAUAUGCAAGAUGAAACUUUUCAAUAUAAGGCCAGUAUUUCUCUAUUUCAAAUCUCCUUUCUAUGAAUUGUAUCUAAUAUUGUGUAAUAUUCUAAUUUUCUGAGAUUUUCAAUUUGAGGUUCUCUUAAACUGUAAACCAUAAUCUUCAAAAUUAUUUUAAAUGAAGGCUUGAAAUGUCUUGAGUUGCAUGUUAUGAGUCGAUGUCGUACGUACGUCUAAGUCACACUGCUAAAUGUUAUUUAAUGAUAUUCUAAUAAAAAAAAAUACUGAACUGACUGCAACCCAUUUCCUACUAAAAUACCCCCCAAGAAUACGACUGUAUUUGUACUGAGACACUCUGAGUAUCUUUGAUCCACAUGUAUAUUUGACUUAUCGUGAUGACUUUCAUACUCUAUCUCACAGUCUGUAAACUUUUUUGAAACGACUCUCUUUGUUAACUUCUUCAGCUUCUUUCAUUUCUUAAAAUAUAGACGAGUGUUGAGACGCUGUACAGUUUACUUUAUAACUCUGCUGAACUUUAUACACUGUAGAUAUAAUAAUGUCAAACAGUCUGUCAAUCUGUGGAUCAAACUUAUCAAGAACUCCUGUUUUUUUUUUACUACUUCAGGAAAAAAAUCAUGUGAGAUUUUAAACCUGGAUGUGUGUUUCUAUCAAUUAAAGGUGUAUAAGCUGUUU